CAACAACUGAGGACUGUUUCUCCAAGCAGCGUUCCCCCAGCGCGGUCGCAUGCAUCCCGCAACAUAGCGGCGGUUCUCAAAGAAGGGCCACCCACGCUUCCCCCGCCCAGUGAGAAAGAGGCCGCCGGCCGUAGCUCCGGGCGCGUGCUCUGCCGCUGACACCGCCCCGCGCCCACGCCGCCCCGCCUCCUUCUCUCCAGGACAUCCUGCUGUGCUGCUCGCAGAACCCCGCCGCGCUGCUGCAGGGACCUGACCUAUUCGGAGCGCGCUGUUAGCCAGGGGUACCGGAAGAGGCCGGGCAGCGGGGGAGAGCUGCAGAGGGAGGCGGAGCCCGUCACGCACGCCCAGGGAGGGCAGGGGGAGAGAAGGAGGCACAGUUAAGCGAGGAGCGCGAGGAAGUGAGCUUGGGUCCGACUUGAGCUCUGGCUCAAGACCGAGACUGGUGGGCCAGGACCCCAAGCCGGCGUCACACCCCGUCUGAAGAAGACAGGCGGUCACAUGGCUUCGCCAUUCCUGCUUGCGGGAGCCACUACGGGCGACAGCGGCGGAGAGCUGAGCUCGGGGGACGACUCCGUGGAUAUGGAAUCCCUCCAGAGCCCGGAGACCGAGGCGUCCAGGAGGCUGACAGAGCUGUUUGAGAAGGCUGCCGCGCACUUCCGAGGCCUGGUUCAAGGGGCCAGCAGGGAGCAGCUCUUGUACCUGUAUGCCCGGUACAAGCAGGUCAAAGUUGGAAAUUGCAAUACUCCUAAACCAAGCUUCUUUGACUUUGAAGGAAAGCAAAAAUGGGAAGCAUGGAAAGCACUUGGUGAUUCAAGCCCCAGCCGAGCAAUGCAGGAGUAUAUUGCUGUAGUGAAAAAAUUAGAUCCAAGUUGGAAUCCUCAGUCACCAGAGAAGAAAGGAAAAGAAGCAAAUACUGGUUUUGGUGGGCCAGUUGUUAGUUCUCUGUAUCACGAAGAAAUCAUCAGGGAAGAAGACAAAAACAUAUUUGAUUACUGCAGAGAAAACAACAUUGACCAUAUAACCAAAGUCUUCAAAUCAAAAAACGUGGAUGUGAAUAUGAAAGAUGAAGAGAGGUCUUCUCUGUACAGUCAAGCGCAUCAGUUGGGACAGAAUGGCUGGAGUGGACUGGAGUUGGGUAUUUUCCUAACCCCCAGGGCAGAGCUCUACUCCAUUGGGCUUGUGAUCGAGGACAUAAGGAACUAGUCACAGUCCUGCUACAACAUAGAGCUGAUAUUAACUGUCAGCUAAGGAUAGGUAAUCAAGUCAAAUGAUAAUGAUCCACAUGGUAGCAGGUAUAUUCUGCUGACCUUUCCCUGUGGUGCAGUGAGUACUGAAGAUGGAGUCCAGAGAAGACUGCACAGAGGAGGUCAGUGCAGAAGUGGGAGCAGUUAAUCUCUCUCCUGCUCUGAUAUCCGACAGCUGGUCUCACAUGGGCCUGGUGCCAGCAGUGUCUUUACAGGCUUUGUGGCAGAGAUUAUUUAAAGGAGAUUAAUCCCUCUAAACCCCUUAUAUUUUAAUUAUCUCUGUAUGUAUUUAUAAAACCUGCAGUCUGCUUGUUUCAGGGCACAGUUGUCCAAGCCCUUGUCUUUAACCUGGUUUCCACAAUCAGACAAGUCUAUCUCUGUUACCACAAAGGAUACACCAUUGAUUUGAUUUUCCUUGUUACUGAAAUUGUUUGGGGUUUUUUUAUUCAUUUGUUUUUUGGUUGGUUUUGGUUUUUGGUUUCUGUUUGAUAUUAACAUUACUGUUUGAGAGAAUAACUAAAGUUAGUAUGACUUAUUUUAGAAUAUCUGCUAAAAUGCUGUUUUUGUAUUACAUGAUAGGAAUCUAAAGUUGUAGACUGUAGGAUGUGAAAACCUCUUAGUAUUAUUAAAAAACAAUAGAUCUUUCAGGGUAUUAUAUUUUAAAGAUUGAUUAGUGGACAUGCCUACCACGGUUUCCAGCAUUGUCAGCUAACUUUAUGCCUGACCAGGGCAUCCAGAACAAAGAUUUCUGCCUUUCCAAUUUAUGUUAUUGAGGACUAUCAAAAUUUCCUUCGAAUUUGAGUCCACACAGUAUGAAAGAACAAAAAUCCUUCAUUAAAAAAAAAAUAGCUAUGAACUAUCCUUUGUGGCAUUGGAGCAUCACGUCUCUAGCCACCAUGGAAGUGCUUCUGUCUUUAACAUGCAAGGAAGCAUUUCUGCCUCUUCAUGCACUCUAUUGCACCUUCUUUCCAAUAGCUAGGAAAGGAAUUCUUUGGGAAUCAUCCUCCUGAAGGUCUUCCGCCUUCUAAGGAACCUCUAAUAGGGCCUGUCUUGAUUUAGAAUGUGUUCAUGAUAUUUGUAUCUUCUAACUACUUGUUUUAGAAAGAAAACAUGUCCGAAUUAAGUACAUACAUAGAUACAUAAAUAAGAUCUGUGGGAGUAGCAUAAAGAUCUUUUACGCUCUACAUAUUUUGUGAAUGCAUUUUAAUUGGUGUUAGUUGAGCUUUUUCCUUGGUCUUUCCAAAAAAUGAAUUCUCUUUCCUGUAACUGUUAUUUUUCAAUAAUAGGUAUUAUGGAAGCAUAUAUUACCAUAAAGAAUCAGAUUGUAAUGUAAUAGUAUAAUACCAAAUAAUAUAAACAAUCUAUUUUGUAUAAUAUGUUCUCAUAUUUGAACUGAUCUAAACUUCCUAUAUGUACAAUGUUAAUUUUUAAAACCAUAAAAAUAUGCCAAAUUCUAUUAAAAGCUAGGGAAAUCCUUAGUUAGAAAUUCUUAUCUGACUUGAAGACAAUUAGAAUAUGCUUCAAAGUUUCAGGUAGAAGAAUGGCAUGCUUAGGACAGUGCUUGCAAAAGGGAUAGGAGACCAGAUAAAUUAUUAGGGAGGCUCUUGUAGGAAUUAGUGGAUUAGAAGGUUAGGACCUGGUUAAGGUCCAUUACUGUAGAGAAAGAAAGAAUCAGAUACAGUACAGAAGGAGAAUUCAAUCAACUUCACUUGAUGAAGGACAGUAUAAGAGGUAAAGAAAAGGGAUAGGUUGAAUAUGACUCCAAAGCCAUAGGCAAAAAAGUUUUCUGGUUUUGAUGUGGCUAACUUUAGGGGGCUAUCCUGAAAUUCAUUUAAAAUGUCCUAAAGAAAAAGAGAAGCCAAGAGAGAACAUUUGUACACACAGAGAUGUUUUUCCAAAAGAAUAACAGAUUCUAAGAGAAGGCUGAAUCUUUAUUUUAAAAUCUCAGAUACUGAAAAAUCUCCAUAUAAAUAUGAAGAUAUACAGAGAAACCCGUAAAAUCCCAGUAGUGUUUAAGAGCAUAAGCUCUGAAGCCAGAGACUUAAGUUCUGGCUCUGCACCUUAUAAAUCCUGUGACCUCAGACAAAGUUACUUAACCUACCUAAGCUUCAGUUUCUUCAUUUGUGAAAUGAGAUAACUUAAUACCUACUUUAUGAGGUUGUUGCGUGGAUUACAUAAGAGAACACAUAAAUUGCUUAGUGCAGUAAACAGAUUUGCUACUACCAUCAUUGUUUUUACUCACAACUGACUAAAAUCAGUCUUUCUUGCUAUAUUGGCAGGCUAUAGGCAGAAAGGUAUACAAAAUGAACUAUCAUUAAAGUUGCCCACAAUACUGCAUCUUUGUCUGUUUUGCUACUCAUACAAGGCAUGUAUAUGUUUAUUAUAGAAUUCUAAUUCAUAGAUGACUUGAAGUCUUUUGUUCUUAUUUUUAAAUCAAUACCAGAAGUAAUACCUUUUUAUUUGACUCUUAGUUGUACAGCCAUACACAAAAGUUAUUAAAUUACAGUUGGGAGGUAGAGGGUAGAGUAGGGGAAUAAACUAAAGCGAACAUUUAUUGAGACUCUUAAUACAAUCAUUCAUUCCCCUUAAUAAAAUCAGUCACUUAUGCCAGAAAAACAGCUCAGAAUAGUUUUAUCUUUGAAUAUGUGGAUUUUGCUACCUCUCUUCCCACAGGCUGUGUCCUUUUUUAUUGGGUCCCGAGAAAACAGCUUAUGUAAUAUUUCUUUUGGAUACCCAGGAAAGAAUUUAGGCAGCAGGACUAAUGUGGACAGUAAAAACUGAAGUAAAAAUCUUUCCAUGUUUUUAAAGAUUUAAAAAAUUAUUCUAAAAGAGGAUGAAAGUGUGUGGAUGGUGAUAAAAAGCCACCAUUUGAUUAUAUUUAUCGGCAAAUAGUUCUGAAGAAAUUACAGUAUGAAAAACUGAAAUUGUAGCUUCAGGGGAAAUAGAGGGUUAAAUCUCUGAGCUGUAGAAGCAGAUUGUGUUUUCCUUUUGUGAUCUGGGCUGACAAGACAUCAGUAUUCUAUUCAUCUGUUGGGAAUUAGGCUGUUAAUCCAAUCAAUGACUCUUGAGUGAGCUGUGGCCUACCUCCCCCACUGGGGAACAAUCGGAUCAAACUGCAGAUUGUUUAAGAGCACAGUGCUGUCCUCAUGUCAGGUGGAAUUCUCAAACGCUCCCUGGUGAAUUGGGGAUAGGGAAAGCUGCCUUGGCCCAUUUAUCCUCCUUCUUAAAUAACCAGGUGUCUGCUUCAUCCAUAGGAAAGCAUUAGGCAAUAGUGACAACAGGAGUGCAAUAGAAAUCCAUUAACUUUAGCUCACAAAAGUGUGGGUGAAAGGAAGCAAUGCUUCCAAACACCCCACAAAACAGCUUAUAUAAAAGUUUAUUCAUAUUUUUUCCCUACUCCUCAAACCCUAAAUCAUUUUUUUUGUGGGCUUUUUUUUUGGUUGUUGCUAACAAUUCUAUAUCAGUGAAUUUUGUUAACCACCAUGAGCUCUUUCUGUGUAUUUAUACUGCCCUGCCUAUAUUUUUAUAAGUCAUCAGGGUAGAAGUAAAUUUUAAUAUAGAUUAUGGGAACACUAAUUAAAUAAAAUUUUAAUUUUAAAAUAUCUUUCUCUGAGGAAUGCUAAUUAAAUAAAAUUUUAAUUUUAAAAUAUCAUAGUCUGAGCAUACAUAAUUUUGACAUCUUUUGCAGCCUAGCAAAAUUUAAUUUCUAAUUACUGAUUUAAUAGUCCAUUAAGUACAUUUGGAAAUUAUUAUUGAACUGAUUAGAUAGAUGUUCAGGGUUGCUGUUACCUUCUAUGAAAUGCUAUCUCAAUUUUUCCUUUUAAACAGUAAGGUGAAAUGAGCUAUCAUAAAGCAAAAUAUCCAAAAUACAAAGAGGAAUUCUCAAAGAAAGUACUUACAACCCCAGUCUUAGUGAAAACAGGCUUAAAGGAUAAUUUUAUGGCUUUCUAUCUACAUUACGUAGGAGUGUUCCAAAAAGAAUUUCCUAAAUUUGCCAAUUUUAUCCAUUCGUCCUGUGUAUAUAGCACACACCUUUUAUACCCAGGACUCUUCUUAAGCAUUGGAACUGGGCUUCCCUGGUGGCGCAGUGGUUAAGAAUCUGCCUGCCAAUGCAGGGGACACGGGUUCGAGCCCUGGUCCCGGAGGAUCCCGCAUGCCGCAGAGCAGCUCAGCCCGUGCACCACAACUACUGAGCCUGCGUGCCACAACUACUGAAGCCCACAUGUCUAGAGCCCAUGCUCCGCAACGGGAGAGGCCACCGCAAUGAGAAGCCCACGCACCUCAACAAGGAGUAGCCCCCGCUCACCGCAACUACAGAAGGCCCAUGCACAGCAACGAAGACCCAAUGCAGCCAAAAAUAAAUGAAUAAAAUAAAUAAAUUUAUAAAACUAAAAAAAAAACAGCAUUGGAAUUACCACCAUGAACAAGACAGACAAGGUCCACACUCUUUGGGAGCAUACGUUCUAGUGAGGGCAACAUACCAAAAACAAUAAAUAAGACGCUAUCAGAUAAGCACUAAGAAAUAAGUGAAGUAGGUUGGUUACUUUGAACAGAGUGAUCAAGUAAGACUCUACUGAGGAAGUAAUAGUUAAACAGAGACUUCAAUGGAGAGAAGGUGCUGUAAGUCAUGCCCCAAAUCCCUGAAACAGGAAUGAGCUUGACAUACCAAGAGCAGACUACUUAUAUGUAUGCUGUUCCCCAGACCAGAGGGUUUCAGGCCUGGCAAAGCGUCUGAAUUUCCUUAGGAACUCUGUAAAUAUAAAGAUAUCUGAGCCUCUAGCUCUAGAAAUCCUGGUUCGGCAGGGCUGGAUAGGACGAAACCUGUGCAUCCAGUGCCAUGAACAGUACGGAAAACCUACUCCAGCCAGUGUAGAUCGUUUCCUCCCUUGAAUACAUCACAUUCUUACCUACUUCCAUCUGUGCCUUUGCACAUGUUUUUCCUUUGCCGGUAAUGUUCACCCUUAUCCUCUCACACAUACAUACAUCCUCACCCUUUCAACUACCAUGUGCUCUUCAAGGCCGUGUCUCAAUAGGAAGCACAGAGCACUAUUUUUGAAGUAUUCUUACCAAAAAAAGUUGAACCCAAAUUUAAUAAAACCUAUUAAAUACAUGUGAUAAUGAUGUAAUGACAUCAAAAGAAAGUAAACUGGCAAAUCUGGACUAUGGGACAUUCUGCUGAACGACUGGACCCUUUCUAUAAUAAGUCAGUGGCAUUUUUUAAAAAGUGGGACAAUAAGAAACUCAUUAAAUAAAAAGAACAAUUAGGAGCCAGAAUGUAAUCAGGUGCCGUAGUAUGAGAUAUUCUGAAAGUACUUUGGAAGAGGUAAUGGGGAAGAAAAUGGAGAAAUUAGUAUGAACCACAGUAGUCAGAGACAUCUUCAAGAGGGAAUUGUGGCCUAUCAUGAACUGUAAAAGCUAGGUGCUAUUUGAUGGCCACUGAGGUGGGAAUAGGGUUAGGUAGCAGAAACAGCUCAAUCUAGAUAUGUGUUUUUCAUGAAGAAUAAUUGGAUAAAGUGGAUCCAGAGCAUGGAUGCUUCGAUUAAGGAAUUUGUACUACUCUGUGUGUGCAUGCAUGUGUGUGUGUUUUUAAAAAGAGUAACAUAGGGUUUCCCUGGUGGCGCAGUGGUUGAGAGUCCGCCUGCCGAUGCAGGGGACGUGGGUUCGUGCCCCAGUCCAGGAGGGUCCCACAUACUGCGGAGCAGCUGGGCCCGUGAGCCAUGGCCGCUGAGCCUGCGUGUCCGGGGCCUGUGCUCCGCAACGGGAGGGGCCGCAACAGUGAGAGGCCUGCGUACCACAAAAAAAAAAAAAAAGGAGUAACAUAAUGGAUUUUUUUAGAAUGAUUAAUCUAGUGAUGGUGUACUACUACUAGGGAGAAAGGCAACAGGGAAGAAUAGCAGUGAAGAAACCAUUCUGUUCAUUCAGAUAUGAAUUGAUAAAGGAUUUAUAUUUGAGUAACAACAGCAGAAGUUACUAAUUUCCCAGAUACCAAAAGGAAAGUGCCUAUUUCAUAGCACCCUCUGUGGAUGUGGAACUAUUUUGUGGACCUAGCAGACUGUGAAAAUUUUCAUUGUGACACCAGUCAGAAUGGCCAUCAUUUAAAAGUCUACAAAUAAAAUGCUGGAGAGGGUGUGAAGAAAAGGGAACUCUCCUACGCUGUUGGUGGGAAUGUAAAUUGGUGCGGCCGCUGUGGAAAACAGUAUGGAGGUUCCUCAGAAAACUAAAAUAGAAUUACCAUAUGACCCAGCAAUCCCACUCCUGGGCAUAUAUCUGGACAAAACUAAUUCAAAAAGACAUAUACACCUCUAUGUUCAUAGGAGCACUGUUCAUAGUAGCCAAGACAUGGAAACAACCUAAAUGUCCAUCAACAGAGGAAUAGAUAAAGAAGAUAUGGUACAUAUAUACAAUGGAAUACUACUCAGCCAUAAAAAAGAAUGAAA